CCCACUUUUUAAAGACUAGAGAGUGAAGGAUUUAGCCUGAAUCAACUUCACCUGGACAUCUGUGAGGCAGACAAGAGAACAGAAAUACCUUUCCUAGGAUAAACUUCAGUACACAAACGUUCGGUACACAAAAAACAAGUAUGGCAGAUGAUUAUGAGUAUACUCAUUUACUUUCAGAGGUCGAUGAGGCAUCAGGCGUUGGUUUAGUGCAUCCAGCUGAUCUGAGGAUAGUUAUGGUGGGGAAGACUGGAGCAGGGAAGAGUUCAACAGGAAACACCAUCCUGGGGAAAAAGGGGUUCCAUUCUAAGUCAAGUCCAAAGCCAGUGACUGAACAGUGUAAGAAACAAAGUGUAGUGGCAUAUGGGAAGAAGAUUGACGUCAUCGACACUCCUGGGGUCUAUGACAUAUUAUUGACAGAAACAGUUUUGAUUGAGAAAAUAUGGAAACAGUUUUUGGGAACAGAUAAAGUAGAAAUAGAGAGAUGCAUCAAGAUGUCAGUCCCAGGACCCCAUGUGUUCCUGCUGGUGAUCAACCUGGAUAAAUACACAGAGGAGGAAAGGAAAGUAGUGAAGUACAUCCAGGACAACUUUGGAAAAAAGGCCUCAAACUACACUAUAGUAUUAUUCACUGGUGUAGAUCAGCUGGAGGGACCAGUAGAGGAGUUUCUGAACGACAGUCCGGCGCUUCAGACACUGGUCAGAGUCUGUGGAGGCAGAUAUCAUGCCUUUAACAACAAAGAGCUUGGAGACCGUACUCAGGUCAGAGAGCUGAUGAGGAAGAUAGAGGAGAUGGUGAAGUUCAAUGGAGGAAAACACUACACCAAUCAGAUGUAUGAGAAGGCUCAGACAGAGAUCAGGAACAGUCAGUUGAUAGAGUUGGGUAAACAAGGAGCUAUAGCAGUUGGAUCCAUUGCAGCAGUAGGAGUAGGUCUUAUUAAAGCCCCAACACAAGUGGGGAAAGUGAUAGUAGCAGUAGCAGGAGCAGCUAUAGGAGGAGGGAUAACACAGCUUGUAACCAAGAGGGAAAACAACAAUUAACUACAGGGUUAGUGUCUGUAAAUAAGCCCUGAAGGACCAAAAUGAUUAUCGAUUUACGUUUGAUUUAUUCUUUAUCUGAUAUGGUUUGACCUUUACCCUCAUUUGGUUAUGUCACUGCAUACUGCAUUUAACCACCAAAUGACUAAAUCAUUCAUUAAAGUUAUUAAGUUAAUUAUUGUAAGAGUUUUACUUCACAUAAAGGAAGGGUGAGACAGUACAUCUGUACAGCAUGGCUUUCAUACCUGAUCAUGGUUAUAAUGUAAAGUAGUUUAACGUGCUGCUCGCUAAUCCCAUUUAUUUACUGUCUUUUGUUAUGUACUUUUAACAUGCUGUUAAGUAGCGAUGGGCACUGAUAUGGAACAUCUAUAUCGAUAUCAGUUUAAUAUUCUCUAACCUACCCAAGCAGUUUUAUUACAAUGUGAAGCCCGUUGAAGCCAUCAGCAGGCAGUUAAGUAUGAGAAGGUAUUGUUCCUGUAGGAACAGUGAUGUAUGGUCUUUUACAUACAGUAAGGUUAACAGCAAGGAUAAGGCCUUGCUCAUAUUGAUAUCAUAUUGAAUUAUAAUAAUAAUAUAAUAAAUUAUAGAUAUUGGUGCCCACCAUUACUGUCUUUCAAUACGUAAUAAUUCAUUUAUUUUUACUUUGUAAUACUUUUAGAUUAUUUACAAAAUAGAGAUAUUGAUUCAUUGAAACUGUCCUUGAUGUUGACCUGUAUUUGAUGAUAAAACAUUCCCAUGUUAAAUGGGAAAUCUGCAGUUGUUACAUCCAUUUUAAGACUUUAAUUAUAUGUACCAAUUGAUUCUUGAAGAAUAUAACUUACAAAUGUCUCAUGAGCUUAGUUCAACUGUCAUACCCCAUCAAAGAACCCAAAUUAUAAGCUUGUUUUAGUCCAAUGUUUGUAAACAAAUUAAAUGUAAACAAACAUUAUAUAGCCCUUAAAACAUCAAAAGUAUAAUUUUGAUAUCAUGGAUGGUCAGUCCUUGUAUCCAUAGCUCUGUCUAUGUAUUUGAAAGUGGUUACAUUUCUCCAGCCCCAUCCCUCAGGUUUUUACCGAAACACACUUUAUUGUUUCAAUUGCUGAUUGCCGCUUUAAGCUACAUCGAUAAUUAAACUUUUUUUGGUUUCAUA